GACCUGGAUGGUUCUUCUACGGAAGUGACGCAUGUGAAUGCGGAAGAAAACUUUGAGCUCCUGUCGGCAUGGAAGAAAGUAGCGAUCGAACUAGCCUCUCACAGGUCCGUCGGGUCAUCCUGGUGCUGUCGGGUAAAGGAGGUGUCGGCAAAAGCACCAUCACUACAGAACUCGCAUUGGCAUUCCGACACGCCGGUAAAAAGGUGGGCAUUCUGGAUGUGGAUCUAUGUGGGCCCAGUAUUCCCCGCAUGCUGCGAGUGUGUCGGCCGGAGGUGCACCAGUGUGAGUCGGGUUGGGUGCCCGUGUAUGCAGACCCCCAGCAGAACCUUGCGCUCAUGUCCAUCGGCUUCCUGUUGGAACACCCAGAUGAGGCUGUGGUGUGGAGGGGUCCCAAGAAAACAGCUCUAAUAGGUCAAUUUGUGAGUGAUGUGGCAUGGGGUGAACUGGACGUCCUCCUGGUAGACACGCCUCCCGGAACAUCAGACGAGCAUCUGUCCGUGCUGGAGAAUCUCCGCAAGCACGGUCGAGUGGACGGUGCGGUGCUGGUCACCACUCCACAGGCGGUGUCCACUGGUGAUGUUCGGCGAGAGAUUACCUUCUGUAAGAAGACGGGCGUACGCAUCCUCGGGCUCAUUGAGAACAUGAGUGGCUUUGUGUGUCCACACUGCUCUGAAUGCAGUAACGUCUUUUCCAAAGGUGGGGGAGAGGAACUGGCCAAGUUGACAGGAUCAGAGUUUCUGGGCUCUGUGCCACUAGACCCUCUGCUGACGCGCAGUCUAGAGGAGGGGGAGGACUUCCUGCAGGCGUUUCCUAAGAGCGCCACCUUCAGUGCCAUCAACACCAUUGCCAACACCCUGCAGAGCAGGCUGGAGGAUGACUGACCACACAUUCACAUAUGUGAUGCAGUCUAAAACUCUUCACAUGGUGCACACGAAAAUCAUAAUUUUUUUUUCGGGUGAAAUUUCACCAAUUUAAGAUUCUGAUACCAUCCUAGCAACAUUCUGGACACAAAUACCAUCCAACAACAAAUCUAGGAUGUUGUUAGAUGGUAUCAGAAUCAUACGUUGGUAAAAUUGCACCAUGUGCACCAUGUUUCCCAGAUCACAUCACAUAUAGAAGCCUGCGCUGUAGUUAGAUGCUUGCAUAAAUAAUUUCUAUAUUAUGUGUAUUGUUACUCUGCUUAAACUUGAAUAUUAAAAAUAAAAUGAUUUUGUAACUUA